CCUCGCUGCUGCAGAGCAGCAGUUGUUUUGCUAGAAGGAGGGAGUGUCCGGGCUCCCUUCCUGCAGCCUCCUCUCGGCGAGGCCCCAGGCACCCUGUCUGGGGAAGGGCAGGCACGUUUGGGCGGACGAGCUGCCCCUGCCGCGGCCUCCUGUCCUCCCUCGGGCCCCCGUGGCCCUGCGGCCUCCCCGGGGCCAACUCGGUCCUUUGUGCUCUUUGGUUCCACCGUAGAAGACAGUCGUCCACUUGGCUAGGAAAGACUAGUUUGAAGGAGGUAGGAUGCCGGAGCUGAGGCUGCUGUGCUGGGCGCUCCUCCUGGGCCUGGCGCGGGCCUGCCCCGAGCCCUGCGACUGCGGAGAGAAGUAUGGCUUCCAGAUCGCGGAUUGCGCCUACCGUGACCUGGAGGCUGUGCCACCUGGCUUCCCGGCCAAUGUGACCACGCUGAGCCUGUCAGCCAACAGGCUGCAGAGCCUGCCAGAGGGGGCUUUCAGAGAGGUGCCCCUGCUGCAGUCGCUGUGGCUGGCGCACAACGAGAUCCGCGCGGUGGCCGCCGGCGCCCUGGCCCCUCUGGGCCACCUCAAGAGCCUGGACCUCAGCCAUAACCUCCUCUCUGACUUCGCCUGGAGCGACCUGCACAACCUCAGUGCCCUCCAGUUGCUCAAGAUGGACAGCAACGAGCUGACCUUCAUCCCCCGGGACGCCUUCCGCAGCCUGCGUGCCCUGCGCUCCCUGCAGCUCAACCACAACCGCCUGCACACGCUGGCCGAGGGCAUCUUCACGCCGCUCACUGCGCUGUCCCACCUGCAGAUCAACGACAACCCCUUCGACUGCACCUGCGGCAUCGUGUGGUUCAAGACCUGGGCCCUGACCGCGGCUGUGUCCAUCCCGGAGCAGGACAACAUCUCUUGCACCUCGCCCCACGUGCUCAAGGGCACACCGCUGAGCCGCCUGCUGCCGCUGCCCUGCUCGGCGCCCUCGGUGCAGCUCACCUACCAGCCCAGCCAGGACGGGGCUGAGCUGCGGCCUGGCUUCGUGCUGGCCCUGCACUGCGACGUGGAUGGGCAGCCGGCACCCCAGCUCCACUGGCACAUCCAUACGCCCGGCGGCACCGUGGAGAUCACCAGCCCCAACGUGGGUGCUGACGGGCGCGUCCUGCCCGGCGCCCCUGCAGCCAGCAGCCAGCCGCGCUUCCAGGCCUUUGCCAACGGCAGCCUGCUCAUCCCUGACUUUGGCAAGCCAGAGGAGGGCACCUACAGCUGCCUGGCCACCAACGAGCUGGGCAGCGCGGAGAGCUCAGUGAACGUGGCCCUGGCCACACCGGGCGAGGGUGGCGAGGAUGUGCUGGGGCGCAGGUUCCACGGCAAAGCGGCCAAGGGGAAGGGCUGCUACACGGUUGACAACGAGGUGCAGCCCUCAGGCCCGGAGGACAACGUUGUCAUCAUCUACCUCAGCCGCGCCAGGGCGCCUGAGGCUGCAGCAGCAGGAGAAGGGGUCCCUGGGCAGCAGCCCCCGGGCCUGCUUCUCCUAGGCCAGAGCCUCCUCCUCAUCCUCCUCACUUCCUUCUAGCCUCCCGCCACCCGCCCUGCCCUGGGCCGGCUGGAGCAACCCCAGGGCCUCCCUGAUUCCCGCCCCCGCCCACCCGGACACUGUGCCGAGGGGCCUGAGGAUGGCAACUCCCAAGGCCUGCAUGGGGGCCUCCACGUCUUCCUACCUCCCUUCUCGUCUCUCCUGGAACGCUCACCACCCCCAACUUCUAAACUUGCUCAAAGCUAGUGACUAGAACCGAAUUUGAUUCCGUACUCACCGUCUACGGUGCUGUUUGCUGCUAACCACACUGCCCAUGCUCCCUGAGCGGGACGGCCUGCCAGCAGGGCCAUGCCCGACCGACCGGGUGAAGCCUCACUGAUGGAAUUCCGGGCGCUGGGACCGACAAGCUGGCAAAGGCUGGGGCCCCGGGGCUGGGGCUGGGGACUUGGCGGGGAGGUGGCCCGAAGCAGACAGGGCGUAGGAGAGAGGACUAGGGUCUAGGGGCAGUGGCUGGCAUGGCUCUGGGCUCUUGGUGACCUGCUUAAGCUCCUGCUGCCUCUUGGCAUUCUCUGAUGGUUUGGGGGCUCGGGAAUCUGUGCCCUCAUCUCAGACAGGACUGGAGGAUCCAGGACGGCCUUCAACUUCUCCCGCUCUGUGCCCCUCCACCCCGGACACCUGUCCCGCCUCUCUCUCCAAGUAUGCAUCUGUAGCCUGCCCCUCCACAGAGGCUAGCCAGCCCGGGGCGGCCGAGAAAUAAACAGCAUUUCUGAUGCUCUCUUG